CCUGGUGCGCUGUUGCAGCAGCGAGUAAAGUUGACAUGAGCAUGACUGAGAGGUUACAGCUUAUAGCUUGAGUAGCUGCAGUUAGAUAAUGUUACAUGUCGUGUAUAGCCAGCUGUUCUGCGUUUAGGAGCAACAGUCUUGCAAGCAUUUCAAGCGGAUUUAAAUGACAGAGUAAUUGCUGGUUUAUAGCUAGUAAGCGUCAAUAGGCUUUCCACUGUUAUUUUGGUCUCUUUUUAAAGACUGGAUACCCUUGACUGGUGUGGAAACCAGGUGCACCUACAAGUCUAUCGCUGGAUAAAAGUUGGCUUUUGUUAAAGAUUCAAAUGGAGAAAAAUGCACGAAAAGUUCGGAAUCAGGACAUUAAUCCAUGCAUCGAAGAAACUUCUGCCUCCCAGAAGUGUUUGGAUGCCUACAACUAUGACAAGAGCAUGUGUUCAGCCUAUUUCCAGAGAUAUAGGGACUGUAGGAAAUACUGGCACAACAUAAUGCUGCAGAGGAGGAGAGACGGUGUGAGCCCUGAUAUGCCCACUGCAGCAGAGAGGCAGGAGAUGCUGGCUGCCAUCGGUGGCAAACCCUACUGACGAGUCAUGAAGGUCACACAGAGACACUGUGAAGACCAGAGGACGUGUUCUACAGGUGAACACAUUCUGGUGAUGCUACUACACUGCACGAGCUGAGUGUACACUGUAAUUCAAGGUCUGACCUGUUGUCAAGCUCUGGUCACAAGGAAGAGACUGCCUGUAGCCUAUCUCUGUUCUGAAAUACAAUGGAAAGAGAGGAGAGGCACACAAGGCAAGACCUGAGAUUGAUUAUUGUUUGAGUUUUGAUAAUGAAAUGACAUGAACGGACACAAUGUGAUAGGAAUAAAAGAGAUUUUCUGUUUUUGUUUGGAAGAAAAAGUGUAUGUUUUGAUGUGUUAUGCUUGAACCCAUGUGUUCAACUGUAUUAUUCACACAACACAUACUCAAAGUUCAGCCGGCCAAAAACAACCUAUAAUUACAUUUACGCCGUUAUAUGCCACUUUCCAAAACAGUUACAAAUCACUGUUAAACAAUACUGAUGUUUUAUGAUGUGACAGAGCUGUGGUUGAGGUCUGCUGAGGUUCAGGCACAAAAACAACUUGGUUAGGGUUAGAGAAAGAUCAUGGUUUGAGUUAAAAUAAUCACUUGAAAUGUGGUUUAUACUUCCUUAAAGUUAACAACCUUUGUUGUCAUGUCAACAGUAAACACUACAACGUUACAGUUUUACAUGAUGCUCAUGGUUGAAAAUGGAAAGCGCACAAUGCUCUCCUGCAGCAAAGUCCACUUUUUGUCAUCCAACAUCAGCCAUCCACCCAACCGGCCUCCUCCUAACAAGUCACCUUAUGUUGACUUCAUCAUCACUAUGGCUGCUAGAUGGUGUAAACUUAUUUAUAGCUUGUUUUUGCCAGCUUGAAUUUUAGACCUAUACUGUGUUUUUUCUUGUGAGGACGGGCUGAAUUCACAACUAUGACAUCUGCAGUAAGCUGGUAUCUAACUCAGCAACCUGUGAAGGACAUCUGUGGGACAACAGACUGUUGGACAGUUUGGUCAAUAUCAGAAUGACUGUGAUGUUCUUUAAAAAAUAAAAGGAGAACGUGUUUUGUAUCUA